AAUGAAUCUUUCUUUCAAGAUGUAGACACUCUUCAAAGUCAUGGAAUAAAUGUUGCAGAUAUAAAGAAACUGAAAUCUUCAGGAAUAUGCACAGUGAAAGGAAUUGUGAUGUGCACUCGCAAGAAGCUGUGCGCCAUCAAAGGCUUUUCAGGCAAGGUGGACAAAAUAAAGGAAGCCUGUGCCAAAAUCACCUCCUUUGGUUUUAUCACUGCGAACGAAUUCAGCGAGAAAAGGAAAUGUGUCUUCCGAAUCUCCACUGGCAGCCAAGAAUUGGACAAACUACUUGGCGGCGGAGUGGAAUCGAUGGCAAUCACUGAAGUUUUCGGUGAAUUCCGUACGGGAAAAACGCAGAUGUCGCAUACACUGUGCGUGAUGGCCCAACUACCCAAUGAUGACGGAUACACUGGUGGAAAAGUAAUGUUUAUCGACACUGAGAGUACUUUCCGACCGGAGCGUUUGCGUCCUAUCGCCGACCGCUUCAACCUGGACCAGGACGCGGUGCUCGACAACAUCCUCUACGCCCGCAUCCACAACAGCGACCAGCAGCUCGACGCACUCGACUAUGUGGCCGCCAAGUUCCACGAGGAGGCCGGUGUCUUCAAGCUUCUCUUACUUGUUACUUGGAUUAUCACCUAAUCCAGCCUCCAUGGCAGACUCAUGAGUAA